AUGGAGAGUGACUUCACAGGGAAAGAGGCUUACAGGCAGUAUUUCAACCCCAAAGACUAUCUGAACAUGCACAUGCAGUUUGAGUCUGAGAACAAACCAGUGCACGAGGACCUCUUCUCUUUCGUCUUGGACAAUUUGCAGAAGGCGUUUCUUGUAGAUGGCAUCGGAGGAGACACCCUGAUCGACAUUGGAAGUGGUCCCUCCAUCUACCAGCUCCUCUCUGCUUGCGAGUCUUUCAAAGAAAUCAUUGACACUGAUUUCCUUGAGCAAAACCGGGAGGAGAUGCAGAAAUGGCUGAAGAAGGACCCAGAAGCUUUUGACUGGACCUCAAUGGUGAAAUAUGCCUGCCAGUUGGAGGGGAACAGGGAGAAUUGGAUGGAGAAGGAAGAGAAGCUCAGGAAGGCCAUCAAGCGAGUCCUGAAAUGUGAUGUGACUUUGGCCAACCCCCUUGACCCGUUGGUGCUCAAGCCAGCCGACUGCGUCCUCUCCACUUUCUGCCUGGAAUCGGCCUGCAAAGACCUUCCCACGUACCGUUCCGCCAUGAGGAACAUGGGUUCCUUGGUCAAACCAGGGGGCCACCUCAUCUUUGCAGCAGUCACUCAGGAGACCUUCUACAUGGUUGGCCCACACCGCUUCUCCUCCCUUUACCUGACACCAGAGAUGGUCAGAGAUGCCGUGAAAGAGGCUGGGUUUCAAAUUCUGUGGUCCAAGAUGAGCAGUCUGCAUUGGUCACCAGAGAUCACGGAUGCUCAUGAUGUGAUCUUUAUGGUCGCCCAGAAACUCAAAGGAGCAUGA